GGCUGUCUCUAAGCAGGCUGAUCUGAUAAAGUGCUAGGACCUUUGCUCCCUCUCUUCAACUGAAAGCAUUCUCAGCUUGCCAGUGGCCCCCACUGCCUGACUGGCUUAGGAGCUCUCCAGAGCAGAAAUUUCCUCCUUGGCACGAGCAAAAGAAGAUGCUGUCUAAUUUGAGGAUCCUGUUCAACAAUGCAACCCUUAGAAAGGGUCACAAUUCCGUGGUUCGAAAUUUCCGGUGUGGGAAGCCGCUACAGAACCAAGUUCAGCUGAAAGGCCGUGACCUCCUGACCCUGAAGAACUUCACUGGAGAGGAGAUUCAGUACAUGUUAUGGCUCUCUGCAGAUCUGAAAUUCCGGAUAAAGAACAAAGGAGAAUAUUUGCCUUUACUGCAAGGGAAAUCCUUGGGAAUGAUUUUUGAGAAAAGAAGUACUCGAACAAGACUGUCCACAGAAACAGGCUUUGCUCUACUGGGAGGACACCCUUGUUUUCUUACCACCCAAGACAUUCAUCUGGGUGUGAAUGAAAGUCUUACGGACACAGCUCGUGUGCUAUCUAGCAUGACAGACGCAGUGUUAGCUCGAGUGUAUAAGCAGUCAGAUCUGGACAUCCUGGCUAAGGAAGCAUCCAUUCCAAUUGUCAAUGGACUCUCAGACUUGUAUCAUCCUAUCCAGAUCCUGGCUGAUUACCUCACACUCCAGGAACACUAUGGCUCUCUCAAAGGCCUUACCCUCAGCUGGAUCGGGGAUGGGAACAACAUCCUGCACUCCAUCAUGAUGAGUGCUGCAAAAUUCGGGAUGCACAUUCAAGCAGCUACUCCAAAGGGUUAUGAGCCGGAUCCUAAUAUAGUCAAGCAGGCAGAGCAGUAUGCCAAGGAGAAUGGUACCAAGCUGUCAAUGACGAAUGAUCCAUUGGAAGCAGCACGAGGCGGCAAUGUAUUAAUUACAGACACUUGGAUAAGUAUGGGGCAAGAGGAGGAGAAGAAAAAGCGUCUUCAGGCUUUCCAGGGUUACCAGGUCACGAUGAAGACUGCUAAAGUUGCUGCGUCUGACUGGACGUUUUUACACUGCUUGCCUAGAAAGCCGGAAGAAGUGGACGAUGAAGUGUUUUAUUCUCCACGGUCAUUAGUGUUCCCAGAGGCAGAAAAUAGAAAGUGGACAAUCAUGGCUGUCAUGGUAUCCCUGCUGACAGACUACACACCUAUGCUCCAGAAGCCAAAGUUUUGAUGCUGUGAUACAUCCCAAGAGAAAAACCAAUGCUCUUUAGCAACAGCAUAAGUCAGUUUAUGGAAAAAGAGAAGAAUUUAAAAUGUAAACAAAUCCCUAAUACAUGGUAUGAGUAACAUAUGUUAUUUCUUUGUUAUUGUGAGACUUUCUUGAAGCCUGUAGUUUAAGUGCCAACUCACUUUAAUAUCUGCUUGACUGGGUUUAAACUCACUCUGUAAUUCACCAUUCUGAGUUACAUUUGGGUAUCAUACUAAUUAUCAUACACAUUUCCUUCUAUUAAACAUAAAACACUAUGCUUGCAAUGCAUAAUGUCUAACUCAUUAAAUGUAAUCUGUGCUUAUUACCUUAA